AUGGAAAUUGGAGUUAGCAGUGAAAGCCAAAGCCAAAAUGAAACAAAGAAAGGCAGAGCAAAGACUCCAAGAAAACCCAAAGAAAGCGUUCUCAAGCAAAAAUCUCCAGCUGAAUUUUUCGCAGAGAACAAGAACAUUGCUGGGUUUGAUAAUCCAGGGAAAUCUCUUUAUACUACAGUGAGAGAACUCGUAGAAAAUUCGCUUGAUUCGGCAGAAUCAAUAUCGGAACUUCCUGUCGUAGAAAUUACCAUUGAAGAGAUAGGGAAAAGUAAGUUUAAUUCAAUGAUUGGUCUUGUUGAUCGAGAGCGUGUUGAUGCGGCACUUUAUGAUGAUUAUGAGACAGCUAAGGCUCGUGAGAAAAGAUUAGCGAAGGAAGCUCGCGCUCAAGAAGUACAAACGAAGAAUGCUGCCCUUGGGAAGAAAGUAAAAGAACAGUCAGCUACGAAGGGCAUGAAGGGUCGAGGUGAGGCUUCGUUUUACAGAGUUACAUGCAAGGACAAUGGGAAAGGAAUGCCGCAUGAUGACAUCCCAAAUAUGUUUGGGCGAGUGUUGUCUGGGACGAAAUAUGGCCUUAAGCAGACUCGUGGGAAGUUUGGCCUUGGCGCCAAAAUGGCAUUGAUAUGGUCCAAAAUGAGUACAGGGCUUCCUAUAGAGAUCUCGUCAUCAAUGAGCGGCCAAAAAUAUAUUUCAUUCUGCAGGCUGGACAUAGAUAUUCAUCAGAACAUUCCUCAUAUUCAUUUGCAUGAAAAACGGAACAAUGAUGUUAGGUGGCAUGGAGCUGAAAUUCAAGUUGUCAUUGAGGGAAAUUGGACAACUUAUCGAUCCAAGAUAUUACAUUACAUGAGGCAAAUGGCUGUUAUCACUCCAUAUGCCCAAUUUCUUUUCAGAUUUAUAUCGGAUGCACCCGAUAAGAAUGUUACCAUAAAAUUUGCACGGAGAACUGAUGUAAUGCCUCCAGUUCCUCUCGAGACAAAACACCAUCCAUCAUCUGUUGAUUUACUACUGAUAAAACGCCUCAUUGCAGAAACCUCAAAACAGAACCUUUUGCAGUUUCUACAGCAUGAAUUUGUAAACAUUGGAAAGUCACUUGCUGAACGAUUAGUUGGAGAAAUGGGUUCAGAGUUUAGCCCAAAAAUGGCUGUCAAGUCUCUGACUGAUCAGCAGAUAGUUCGCAUCCAUCAGUUGUUUCGCCAAGCCAAAUUUGACGAUCCCAUUGGUGAUUGUCUUAGUCCUGCAGGGGAAUACAAUCUUCGUCUUGGAAUUAUAAAGGAGCUGCAUCCAGAAAUGGUUGCAACUUAUUCAGGCAGUGCGCAAGUAUUUGAGGGUCACCCAUUUAUUGUGGAAGCUGGUGUCAGUGUGGGUGGAAAGGAUGUUAAACAAGGUUUAAAUAUAUUUCGAUUUGCAAAUCGCAUUCCACUUCUAUUUGAGCAAGGGGCAGAUGUUGUCACUAGGACCGCACUCAAGAGAAUCAAUUGGGGGAGUUACAAGAUUAACCAGACGCAAGACAAAAUUGGUGUCUUUGUCAGCAUUGUGAGCACAAAAAUUCCUUUUAAAGGCACUGGCAAGGAGUAUAUUGGAGAUGAUAUUAAUGAGAUAGCUACAGCUGUCAAGUCUGCCGUUAAGCAAUGCUGCAUCCAGCUAAAGUCCAAAAUUGUGAAGAGAAUGCAGGCCCGUGAGCAACAGGAGAGAAAACGAAAUUUAAGCAGGUAUAUCCCUGAUGCAACCAAUGCUGUAUAUGAUGUUUUGAAACACAUGUCACAGUUACAUGCAUCAAAGAAGAAACGUUAUGCCGGAGAGGAAGCAGAGAUACUUGGCAACAUAACAGCUAAUUUGAUAACAAAAGAGACACUAAAGGAAAAGCUUGCUGAGCAUGUUGAAAAGGUGGACUAUGAAAUGGCAUUGGAAUAUGCUACACAAAGUGGAGUGACCGAUGAACCUAGAGAAGAUAUAUUUAUCCAAACCCUUGAGCCUGACAAUAAGUUUGUUGAGUUCCAAAGUCAGAAAGUAAAUUGUGCAGUAGAGGAAGAAACCGUACAAUGGCAAGGAGCUGCUCUUUAG